CGGCGCGCGGCGCGCACGCGGCGCGGGGGAGGCCGCCGCGGCGACCCCGCUCCCGGAGGGGCUUUCUGGGCUAAGUCGGACCCCGCGGGAGAGGCCGCGAGGCCCGGCGCGCGCGCUCAGCGCCGCCAUCGGGUCGGAGCGGCCAUGCCGAGCGGCAUCGAUGGCGCGCUCAAGCAGAUGAAGCUGACUUCGGAGGCGCCGCCGAACAAGAUCAACUACAACGGCUGGGAAGGGCAGAAUCAAGGGCCCAAGAAACCCGUGAUCACGGAGGCCACGAUCGACCCGGCGAAGGAGGGCGUGGAGAAAUGCAAGAGGGUCAUGGUCGAGACGGAGAGGAAGAUCAAGUCGAUCAAAGAUAAGAUGGACGCCCUCCCUCCCACCAAGAAGAACAAGGCAGAGAUCGCUUCACUGAAGGAGAAGAUCCAGACGCUGCAGAGCGACGGCGACUACAGGGCCUGCCUCGGAUACGUGCGCAAGCUGGAGGACGAGGAGCGCGAGAAGCGGCGGGAGGAGAAGGAGGCCGCCGAGGAGGCCGCCGGGGGCCUCGAGGCCCUGAGGAGAGGCCAGGCGCCGGCGUCCUCCUCAUCGGAGCCCAGGGCCAAGGUGGGCGAGGCCAAGAUCAGAGAGGCGCAGGACGACGGCGUGUUCGAGGCCGACACGGAGGCGCGCGUCACCAGCGCCAUCGAGGGCAGCGAGGAGGCGCAGGGCAAGCUGCAGGCGGGCCCGGGCACCAUCGUGUACAAGAGCCAGGUGCGGCACGAGGUGGCCAGCAUGGCCUACAGCGCGAAGGACCUCUUCUCCUCGAAGCUGAAGAGGGCCGCCACGCAGAAGACCUGCCUGGCCGCCAUCCGGUCGCUGCUGUGGAACCCCCCGGCGGUGCUGCCGGUGCUGCCCGCCGUGCUCAUGCUGCUCGACGAGGCGAAGAUCAAGAAGGAGGCCGAGAGCCUCCUCAGAGACCUGGUCGCGUGCGGCCCCGCGGGCAAGGCCGUCCCGGACCUGGUGCUGCCCGUGCUGCUGGCGCACCUGGGCGCGGCCGCGGGGGGCAAGUGGCAGGUGAAGGUUGGGACCAUGGCGCUGAUGAAGGACGUGCUGCAACGCAUGGGGCAGGAGUGCCCCAAGCAGCUCGGUUGGUCCAUGCCGAAGGUGAUGGCUGCCUUCCGAGACGCGGCCGGCGACGCCAGGAAGGAGGUCCGGAAGGAGGCAGAGGGCUUCCUGCGGCACAUGGGCGAGGACCUGGUGAAAACACCAGAGAUCCGCGCCAAGAUGGACGACAUAGUGGGAAGCCUCACAGACAGUGCCAACAUGGACAAGGCGGCCGCCACCCUGCAAGCCCUGGCCAACACGACGUUCCUGAACGCCAUGGACGCGUGCUCUUUCAGCCUGCUGUUCCCCAUCGUCUCCAGGGCCAUGCGCGAGCGGACGCACGAGGCCAAGACCAUGGGGUGCAAGAUCAUGGGCGCCUCCGUGGACCUGAUCGAGGACCCCGACUUCCUGCACCCCUACGUCUCGGAGCUCAUGCCGCUGCUCAAGGAGUCCCUGAUGCACCCGACCGCCAGCGUGCAGCGCGAGGCCGCCAAGAGCUUCGGCUCCCUCUCCGCUGGCCUGCCGGCCCUGUGCGAGGAGGACAUCUACCCGUUCCUGCUGGAAAAGAUGGAGAGCAGGACUGGCAACGCGGACGUCUCGGAGGUGGACCGUCGUGGCGCAGCGCACGGCCUCGCAGAGCUGCUGCUGAAGAGGUCUGACCUCCUGGCGAGCUGCCUGCAGAACAUCGUGCUGCCGCGCAUCUCUCGCGGGAGCUCAAAGGAGACCAAGGCGGGGGCGCUGGCCCUCUUCAUCUACCUGCCGCACCUGGGCCCGCAGGCCUUCCUGCCGCACCUUCCGAAGUGUCUCCCCGUCAUCCUGAAGUCUCUCAUGGAGGACGAGGAGACGAUCACCAAGCAGACCAUGGAGGGCAUGCGGGCGAUUGGGGGCAGCUGCCGCUGGGCGUCUCAGAACGAG